GACUUUACUAUGUAUGGAAACCACCAUGGGACGAAUCCCAGACGACAUCCCACAGGAUUUCACCAAAAUCCGAAUAGAAAACUGCCACCUGACCGAGUUACCGCGAGGGUCUUUCUCUAAAGUUAGUGCCUUGGAGUUCCUCUGGUUGAAUUUUAACGAGAUCACCCUGAUGAACAUCAAAAGCCUGGAGGGGCUGGCCAACCUGACUGAGCUCAGGCUGCAAGGGAACAAGCUGACUUCAGUAACAUGGACGGCAUUUCAGGACACGCCGAAACUGAAGAUUUUGGACCUGAAGCACAAUCGACUGGAUGUUCUGCCUGAACACGCUCUGAGAUACUUACCUGCCCUGACCUACUUAGAUUUAUCCUUCAAUCAGCUUACUGUCAUAUCAAAAGAUGUCUUCACUAAUUGGCCUCUUUAUCAAACGGCAGCCAAAGCGUGGGGGAAAGAAGGGCUGGUCUCCAAUGUGGUUCUUGCGCUGCACGACAACCCCUGGUUGUGCGACUGCCGCCUCAAAGGCUUUGUUGAAUUCAUCAGGGCGGUCAGCCCUCCCAUCAUUCUCAUGAACUCUUAUCUGAUGUGUUCGGGCCCCGCCUCCAAAGUGGACAAGUUUUUCCACGAGGUUCAGUUAAAAACAUGCAUGAAGCCGGUGGCCUCUGCCCCAGAGACCAACAUCACUUUACCUCUCGGAGCAAAUGCAACACUCACAUGCUUAGUAAAGGCCAGGCCAGGUCCGACCAUCCGGUGGAUGUACAGUCUGAAGAUUAUAAGAGGAUUUGCUGCUACAGAGACUCACAUAGACGAGGAGACCGUCACCUCCAAGCUGGUCAUCCCCUCUCUUCACCUGGCGGACCGAGGACUCUACACCUGCAUGGCCAACAACUUCAUUGGCAACUCCUCUGUCAGCAUCGCAGUUAACAUCAGCUCCUCAAAUUCCUCCGCUCCUCUCCCUCCACCUGUUCCCAUGUUGUCGUCCGAUGAGAACGCCUACAUCGACAUCCGCAUCGCCAAACAGACGGUCUACGGUAUCACCCUGGAGUGGUACGCAGUAACAGACAACCCAGCAGAGACCUGGUUCACCAUCCACUUUGGCAAAUACGAUUCACCCAAAAAGGAGAUGAUCUACAUUGGUCCCGGCAUCAACAGCUACUCCGUCAGCGACCUGCUUCCUGUCACCAAAUACGAGGUGUGCGUGAGCUUGAAGAACCAUCCACCAAAGGAGGGCCAGUGCAUCGUGUUUGUGACAGGAAGUGACAUCAGUGAGCUGGAGCAAAGAGAGAGGCUCAUCCACAUCAUCGUAAUUGUGUGCGCCAUGGUGCUGGCAGUGCCGGCUGGCAUGUACGCCUGCACCACGGAGGCUCGGUUUAGCUGCGUUGAUCGCUGUGUGAAUCUGUGGAAGACGCGCAGGCUGCACGGAGAGGACGUGCAGGGGACGGAGAGGCAGGGCACCUUCGAUAGCCUGCAAGCGGGCAGCGAGGAAGGCCUGUGCAGGGACUCGAAGGAAAAGCCGAAAAAGAGGCGGAAGUCUGAGGACAGGUGCAAAGGAGGAAGUGCAGCUCACCUGUACUAG